UAGCAACUCAAAACCGUGAAAUUUCGAAAUAUUAUUACUGGACAUUUAUCAGUUUGGUUUAAUUGUAAAAUGUGCGUUUCAGUUAGCUGCGCAUCAUUUUGAGGAGAAGAGGGCGCUACGUGCAAGAUGGGAAGGCUAUAAGGAAUGCAAAUAUUGCGAUCACGUGUGAAUUAAGGAUCCCAAAAAGGUGAUUUGUUGCAAUCUGAGUAUAUCAUUACAGCUCACCUUUUUCUCCCUUCUGCUCUUCUUUGUUGUCCUCUCCAACAACAAUACAUUUGAAUAUAAUUCAAAUAUGCAUAGCUUGCAUUAUUCUGUUAAACCUUGUCAAAAUAAACCUCUUCAGAAAAAAUUUGAUCUGAGAUAUCAAAAUAUUCAUAGAAGGGCAAUGCAUUCAUCUCAAUUUUUUUCUUCUAAAUCUAGUUUAAAUGCAAGGCAAAGACUGAAAGAAGUUAAACGCAUUACUCGUGAUAAUAAAGAACUUGCUAAUCGACUGAAAAAUUGUAAGAAUAUGUAUAAUCAUAAGAAAUUGGAAGAAGAUUGGUUGAAUACGUUGACUUAUAUGUCAAAUAUAUCAAAAACGGGAAUAACUUAUCAGAAAUCAAUAUCGAAAUAAACCAUGGAAGUUUAGAAAGUAUCAACAGAAAGAAAAAAAAAUCAUGAAGUAGCCAUUGAACAAUGGAAUAUACAUCAGUUUGCUAUUUUGAAUAAUAUGCGCUAUAAUUAUAGAAGAUUAAAAAACCCUAUUAUCGUUCUUUUUAUCUGAUAUUAUCUAGUGCGUAGUUGUGAUGAUCAACUUGUUACGUAAUCAGUUGCAUUACUUUCUCAACUAAUUUGAAUUAUAAAUAAAUAAAAGGAAACAUC